UAGUAAACAAUAUAAUUUGGCCGCAUUAGCGCUGUUAUCGAGCUAGUUAACCGGAAGUGUACAUUUGAAUCUCUUCCUCGUGGUUACUUCAUAGUGAUGUACUGUUUAUGCUAAAAUAAGUGCACGAUGACUUCGCAAGACGAGAGCGUAUUAUUGGAACGAGUAUUCUUACGAAUAGGAUCAGCUGAAACUGAUGAACAGUUACAAAAUGCAUUGACUAAGUUCUUACCUCCAGUGUUACUCAAAUUAUCGAGUCCACAAGAACAUAUUAGAAAAAAGGUUAUGGAAUUACUUGUUCAUAUUAAUAAGCGUUUGAAAUCAAGGCCACAAGUUCAACUUCCAAUGGAAGCUCUUCUACUGCAAUAUGGAGAUCCUGCAGCAACUACUUUUUCAAUAAAUUUUACCAUAAUUUAUUUAAAAUUGGGUUACCCUAGAAUGGAAAUUGACAGACAAAUUUCAUUAAUUCCAAAUUUAUUGUCUUGCAUAGAUAAUAAACCUCUACAGCAUAAAGAAAGAAGAGUUAUGGAAUUACUUGUUCAUAUUAAUAAGCGUUUGAAAUCAAGGCCACAAGUUCAACUUCCAAUGGAAGCUCUUCUACUGCAAUAUGGAGAUCCUGCAGCAACUACUUUUUCAAUAAAUUUUACCAUAAUUUAUUUAAAAUUGGGUUACCCUAGAAUGGAAAUUGACAGACAAAUUUCAUUAAUUCCAAAUUUAUUGUCUUGCAUAGAUAAUAAACCUCUACAGCAUAAAGAAAGUGUGGCUAGUUCUGCAGACUUAGAAUUAAGAAGAUUAACUGGUGUGGCUAGUUCUGCAGACUUAGAAUUAAGAAGAUUAACUGGAGUUAUUGAUUGGAAUAAUAAACAGUUAGUAUCAAAAUUAUAUUCAAUAUUUCUUGGAACUACUGUGACAAAAAAUCAAAUUCAACCAGAACUACAAAGAACUCCUGGAAAUACACGUAUACGAUUGAAAGUUUUUCCAUAUCUUUUAAAGUCUAAAGAAGCUUCUAUGACAAUUCCAUCUUCUGUACAGGUUAUAUUUGAAUCAAUCUAUGGAGAAAAUACAAAUCUGAAAUUAAAAACAAUGGCUCUUCAGUUUGUUCACUUCAUGUGUUCAAAUUGUGACAAAGAAAGAUUAAAUCUUGUUGCAACAGUUAUAAUGUCAGGAAUGUUAAAACUUGUGACUGAGUCAGAUGAGGAACCACAGAUUAAAAGUAUGGCAUAUGUAGCUGUUGGCAUGCUUGCUACUAAACUUCCACAUCUUGUCACUAAAAACAUUGCAGUAAUUCAAACAUUCUUUGAUGCUUUGACAAAGGAAGAAAAGGAUGUAAGAAUUUCUAUUCAAGAAUCUUUAUCUCUCCUUGCAAAAGCAUUUAGUACAAUGGAUCAAAAUACUCAAUGCUUAAUGGAAAGCCUUAUUUCAACCAGUAUAGAAAAUCCUAUAUCUCAAGUUCGUCUGAUGGCAGUACAUUAUGCUGCAACAAUUUUUCCUUCAGAUCAUAUUUCUUCACGUUAUAUAUUGCUGUUAGCUGCUGGUGAUAGUAAUGAAGAGGUGAAAAUGGCAGCAAUUAAAGCAUUGCAUAAUGUGGCUCAUCAUGAAAUCAGUAAUAAAUUACAGAAAAAAAAUUUAUAUCCAUCAUUUCCAGCUUUUAUUAAAUUUAUGACCAAAAAGACUGCUGAAAAGACAAAUGUAUCUUCAAAGACCAAGACAUCAAAAUGUCUUCCAUUUAAUGUAGCAACAUAUAUUGAGGUAUUUAUAUAAGCUUAAAUAAAUUUGAUCUAAAAAUAGUUUAAUUUAAUGAAUAUGUAAAAAUCAUAUAAAC